GACUGAAAUUUUUUUGGAGAUUCUAUAAUGUUGUGAAAUAAAAUACGGAAAAACAAAAAAUUAAAAAAUUAAUUAAACCCAGAGUAAAAAAUGUAAUUUUUUAUAAUAGGAAAGAAUACAGUGCAUUUCAUUUGUGAUAUAUGUGAGAGUUCGUGGGCUCCAUGAAUAUAAAGAAAAGGGAGUUUUGCGGAACAUGUUCUGUUUUCCAGUUUUAUAGAAUAUAUUAAAAAUUUAGUCGUAUGCACGGAGUAGUUUAAUAUUAUUUUUAAGACGGAUAUGCGCAUUAAACUUUAUGCAACAGAACGUUACAUGAAGGGAAAAACAGAAAAGAAGAAAAAUCAAAUAAACAAAUUAAUAAUAAUAAUUUGAAAACUGUUGUGUGUGUGCAUGGGUGCAUGCGUAUCAAUAUAACAAUAUAAUUAUUCUCCGUUUGCUUCUAAACGACAAAAUGUGGAUAGAACCAAAAGAAUUGUUAAUAUCAUCACCUCUCUGGACCCAUGAAAAAUGUUCCAAAUACUUUGUUUUACAAAAACGCCGAGGUCAUGGUGAAUCCGGCUUAAGUUCUUUGCUGGUUGGCACAAUUGACAGCGUAUUUGAUACGAAACCAGCACCGUAUCGUAUUUUGCAUCGGACGCCUAACUCGGAAGUCUUCUAUGAAGUCGCUAUUGGUCUUACGCGCAUUGAAAUCCACAACGAUUGGGAAUGGCUUACGCAGAAUCUCUUCGAGGUACUGAAUGAUAUGGAAAGCGAAGAUGAGAUAACCAAUUUUACUAUGUGUAAAAUAAAAUCGCUUCACGCUCAAAACAAUCAAAAUGAAACGGGCGAUACGGCCGAUUUUAAAGUGGUUCAAUCCAAUUUUCGUAGGUAUUUCAAAAUGCCCGAAGAAGAACAUUUGGUCAAUUAUUACAAAUGCACUUAUGUAAAAAAUAAAAUACCACGACAAGGGCACUUGUAUAUAUCUUUAAACCAUAUUUGCUUCUACUCGUACAUGCUGGGACAAGAGACAAAACUGGUUAUACGUUUGUCGGAAUUGGAAGAUAUAUCACGCAGCAGUAAUAUUAUCUAUUUGAAAACUAUUAAUGGCAUGCAAUAUAAUUUUACCAUAUUGUUUAACUCGACUGAAGCCUACGAGUUUAUAGAACUAUUAAAUGGCAUGGCGAUGCAACAGAUAAUACAGGAUCCUGAAAGUCCUAUAAUCGAUCAUGAUCCGUUAUUAGUGCAACGUUUAAAUCGUAAGACAUCAAAAAAGCCAACAUUGUGUCUUGAUUUAGUAGCUCGACAGAAAUCUGAGGAAUAUCGCGCGUACUUUCGUUUGCCACAACGAGAGAUUAUUGAUGGGACUAUAAAAGCUAAUCUGUGGACACCAUAUUCAAAGAGUUAUGUGGGCGGUAGCAUUUAUUUAUCCAAUAAUUUCUUUUGCUUUAGCAGUGAUGUGAAAGAUUUCGUUAGUGUCGUUAUACCGUUAAAAGUUAUUAAGAGCGUUGAGAAAAAGGAUGAUGAUCCCCAUCGUUCUGGAAAUAAUAUUGUAAUAAUAACUUCUGAAAAUGUUCCGUUCAUAUUUUCAUAUAUUGCUGAUCGCGAGGUGUUGCUUACAAAAAUUACCGAUUUACUAAGCAGAUUUCAUGUGCCCAAAAAUCGCGAACGACCGAAAUAUGAUAUAUCGUGGAGUAAACAGGCAGCUCUCAUCAAUAAUCAUACAACCGAAUUCACACCUGAAAUGGAGGAAAAACAAAAUGAGAAAUUGGCUCGUUGGGAAUCACAUUUUCGCGAUUAUGGGCGUGGUAUUUCAAUGUUUCGCACAACGGCUGUUAUAAAUUUAAUAGCCGAAGGCAUUCCCGACAAAUUAAGGCAAGAGAUUUGGUUAAUAUUUUCGGGGGCAAUACAUGAAAAGGAAAUGAAUCCCGGUUUAUAUGAGGAUUUAGUAGAAAAGGCUGCAUGCCUUAAACAUUGCUCAGUACAUGAUGAAAUUGAACGCGAUUUAAGACGAUCAUUACCUGAGCAUCCCGCUUUUCAACAUGACGACGGUUUGGGUGCGUUAAAACGCGUCCUUCAAGCCUACGCUUUACGCAAUCCCCAUGUGGGCUACACGCAAGCAAUGAACAUUGUAACGUCCGUAUUCUUGUUAUUCUGCGAUGAAGAGAAUGCUUUCUGGAUGUUGGCUACGCUAUGUGAAAAUUUAUUACCCGACUAUUAUAAGGAUAAAGUAGUAGGAGCUCAGAUUGAUCAAGGUGUUUUAAAUGAAUUGGUCAAACAUUAUCUGCCUGAUUUGCAUAAUCAUCUUGACAGAUUAGAUACAAUAGGUAUGAUAUCCUUAUCAUGGUUUCUAACUAUUUUCAUUAGCGUUAUUUCCUAUGAGAGUUCAUUGCACAUCAUUGACUGUUUUUUUUAUGAUGGAGCGAAAGUCAUAUUUCUUAUCGCUUUGCAAAUACUUGAUUGGAAUCGUGAAAAACUUUUAAAUUGUAACGAUGACGGCGAAGCGAUGUUAGUACUCACACGUUUCCUGGAGGGCAUUUAUAAUCCAGAUUAUCAUUCGCCAUUGGCCAAUGAUAAACGCAAAGUGAAACGCACGCAAACAGUUCAAACUCUCAUACAUGCAGCCUAUACUAGAUUUGGCGAGAUAACGUUACAGCGCAUACAAGAGCUGCGCAAUAAACAUCGUCGUCUCACCAUUCGCAAAUUUGAUUUAGAUAACGAAGUUACUAUAGUAAAAUUCCACAUGGACAACAUGUAUUUCAAUAGCGAAGAGUUGCGCAUGCUUUUGCGCAUAAUACGUGAAGAGAAGCAAGCCUAUCGUAAGGCUCAUCAACAAAAACAACAAAUUCAUGUUGGAGAAUCACCCAUUUUAGUGCAAAUAGCUGGCGAUUCGCCUUGUCGUCAGAAACUGGCUUUACCAGAAGGGAAUUGCAGUCGUGCCGAAGCCUACAGUGUAGACUUUGACACAUAUCGUGUUCUCUUCUACGAAUUGACACCGUGGCGUUCCUGUGUUACAGUUGACUUGGCAGAGAAAUUGUUUAGAUUGGCAGAUAAAAAAAGUACUGGCCUUUUAGAUUUCUCGCAAAUUCUCAAUUCCUUGGGCUUAGUGUGUUCAAGUAAAUACACUGAGAAAUUGAAACUUUUGUAUAUAUUACAUUUGCCACCGUUACUGUCUAAAGCGGAGAUUGAUCAAGUGCGCAAACCUCGAAUAAAAACCGAAGAAAAUACCGAAGAAGCUAUAGAAGCUGAAGACUUUUUCGGUGACGAUCCCUCAGAAUCUAUUGAGGCUUUGCCUUCGCCAACGGACAAUAAUUUCGAUGAGAAUGAUUACGCUUUAAUUACAGCUACACAGCGUUUGCGUUCACUGGCUGGCAUGUCUAACAAUCCACUAAUGGAUUUAAAAAAAAACCCAAAUUUAUCGUUAGCCAACUCAAAUAACUCUUCAAUGGCCGUUAAUGCACGAACGUCAACUUUUUACGUAGAUCUGUCUGAAGAUGAACACAGUACUCCGCCAUCUCAACGUAUUGUCGAAACGGCUCAUUCGCAAAACGGUGCAAGUGCACCUCUAAAUACUUUACAAAAGCAAGGCCGUUUUGAAUCGAUUGACACAUUUUCUGAUAUUUCUGAUUUGGGAGCGGCCAAGGUGACCCCACCACAAUUAAAUGUCGAAACAAUUUCGAAUUUCUCACAAAUCAGUGAUCUGGUAAUGACAACAAAUGCCGGCCACAAAAGAGAACGAACCGAUUCGAAUACCGAUAGCAAAAGUUUGGGUAGUUUAAGGUAUCUCGUAGAUCAGCCAGAUGAUGCCAGUUCACCUAAUAAAAAUAUACCGAACAUGAAGAAGGCCAACUUUCAAAUAUUAUGGAAGAGCUUAAUAGAAAUUCUAGGCGAACAAGAUACGGAUAUGUUGCAAUCGUUUGAAAAUCUUAUUGAAUUGGGUAAUAGCAAUAUGAAGAAAGACUCUAGCUUAGAAAGUUUUACGCAACUAAAUUUAUGUAGCGGCGAAGAACCCGAUUCAAAUGGUAAUCCUACAACACCUAUUGAACCGCCAUCUACGACGAAACUUUUUCUAGAUUUAGAACAGGAAUUACGUCAAGCCAAUGCUGCCAGCAUGUUAAAGUCGAAUAAACACAAUUCUGAUAGUAGUAACAGUUCCAGCGAUGACGACUUGUGGGAAAUUUCGAUCAAUCAAUUUAUAGCUACCGUGCUAGCAGUAACCAGUAUAGUUAAAGGAUUCUAUGUCCGCACUUCAAUCAAAGAGAAAAUUGAAAAGAUGCAAAAGAAUCGUCGCAAAUGCAUAAUAUCGAAUUACUAAAUAGAAAUCCGAAUUAAUUUGAUUUGCAAAAACAAUAUAUACAUUUUUUUUUUUUUUGU